ACACCAGCAAGGUCUGUACUCCAGAUGUUGUCAAUGUUUUAAACAUUGGUCUUGGCAUUUGUUGUUGGCGUGUUGUGAAAAAAGUAGCAAGCGUAUGCGACCAGCACACUAUUGAAAGCCAUUUCAUUGGGCGUGGUGAGCUACCGAUCGUGGUGAUUCUCGUGAACUUCCUGAUCACAGUGAACCCUUUUAUUGGAAUUUACAGCUAUUGGGCUAACGUAACCAUCACCGCCCUAAUGGGCUAUGCCGUGUGUAAUUUGCUUGUCCUGCUCGUGGAGCAACUCUCUGAAACAUGCUCCCCAAUGAACUACACCUUGUUGAAAACCACCAAGGCUACGUACUCCCAGAAAAUGUUCAUGGCUAUCUUCUUCGCUAUCACCGAGGCCUACUACAUUGGCCUUUGCUAUGUAGACACAUCUUCCUUGCCGAAUUUCUGUGUGAUGAUCGCAUUCGAUUACGCGAUCCCAGUAUGCCCAUGGAUCAAUAUCUUGGUGAUCCCGAUUGUCUACAGGGCCUUCUUGGCUUGCAACUCCCACGAACUUGGAUUCAGUGGGAAGGAACCGAUCAGUGGGAGAAAGUGGAGCGGGGUGUGCCGCUGGAACGUCGAAACGAGUCAAUGGGACUAUGUGGAGACCCCUCAGAAAGUUGUAGUUUAUAUUGCUUGA